GUUACCCAUUUUAGUGUGCAUUUAUACAUAUACAUAUUUUAAUAUGGUUAAACCCAAAGCUAGUAGCACUCCAAAAAUUGUGGAUAUUAGCCAUCGUCGUCCUAUUGGAGAUGUAAAUAAUGAUUCUAUUCAAAGCCCUAUUGUUAGUUAUACAUAUGAACAUGUGGUAAAAAAAAAAACUUUUGAAUCAAAUUCAGAGGAAGAUUAUGAUGAUUUUGUCGACUCUAAUGAUGAAACUGAUAACCGCACUGAAGAAAGAACAACAAAUACUGCAUUUUGUAACUGUGUCGGUUCACCUUUUAUUUUAAUCACAAUUGUAAUCAUUCUUCUAGGAGUUUUUCUAUAUAUUAUUCCUGAAGAACAAAAUCGAGUAAGUGCAAGUCCAUCUAUAGAAAUAUUGUCGCAAGAAUUUCCCUCCCAAGAAGAAGAUUUUUGGAUAUACAUCAAAGAGGGUAUUCAGGAUAUAAAAAAGUUUCAUAAACCUAGAACAUUUCUACUUCUUUAUAAUAAUGAAGGCCAAGAAACGUUGAAGAAAAUAUUAACCAGUAUUAUAAAGUAUGCUACUUGUAGCUUAACAAAUUGUACAGCAUCACCAGUAAUUCUGAAAGCAAGUGACCUGAAUGACCCUAACAUUUUAGAAGAUUAUGGUAAUAUUAUCACAAGAAACAAAGUAAAAUUGGAAGAAAGUGGAGUUAUGAUAGUGAAAAAUUUAGAGAAAGUACCUGGCAUAUCAGCUCAAGCAUUUCAUUCUUUUUGUGAUGAAUUUAACCCAGUUGUCAAUAAAGCCUUAUUUAUUUUUACUAUGAAAGUUGACAAAUUUCAUGAUAAUGAUUACAAAUAUGUGGAAAAGUAUUUAUAUGACCAUUGGAAAGAUAUAGAUGAAGAUAAUUUUUAUCCCCUCUUUACAAGAAUAGUGAAUGUUAUUCUUCGUAUCAUGGUUGAAAAAUAAAUAUAGUUUAGUUUUACUAAUAGUGAAGCAACAACAAAAUUUUCCAUUUUGAUAGCGAGGUUACUUCAUAAAUUUUCAAUGAACCAAGUCCAAGUAUAUUUCUGCAGUUAUCUUCCAAUAAAAGAAAUUUUAGUAAAUUUGUUGCUACCGCAGUUAAAGUGUUGAGGAGAGACAAAAUAAAUAUUUUCCAAAAACAAUGUGGCAUUUUCCAGAUGUUCAUUAAUCGAUGAAAAUUUGCAGUGUAUAUUAUAUAAAAUAUAAGUGUACAUUUUAAUAAUGUAUUACAUAUGUUCAAUGUUA